GAGAUGCCGCUGCCUCAGAAGAAGCGCUGGGAGUCCAUGGCCAAGGGGCUGGUGCUGGGAGCACUCUUCACCAGCUUCCUGCUGCUGCUGUACUCGUAUGCAGUACCCCCACUGCACGCUGGCCUGCCCUCCACGACCCCGGAAGGGGUAGCAUCCUGUUCCCCAGCCCCGGGUGAGCCAGAGACGGUGACCACUGCUAACGGCUCGUCUGGAGGAUGCCAGCCACGGCGUGACAUCGUUUUCAUGAAGACACACAAGACUGCCAGUAGCACGCUGCUCAACAUCCUCUUCCGCUUUGGCCAGAAGCACGGGCUCAAGUUCGCCUUCCCCAAUGGCCGCAACGACUUCGACUACCCAGCCUUCUUCGCCCGCAGCCUGGUGCAGGACUACCGGCCGGGGGCCUGCUUCAACAUCAUCUGCAACCACAUGCGCUUCCACUACGAGGAGGUCCGGGGCCUAGUGCCACCCAACGCCACCUUCAUCACUGUGCUCCGUGACCCCGCCCGCCUCUUCGAGUCCUCAUUCCACUACUUUGGCUCAGUGGUGCCCUUCACCUGGAAGCUUUCGAGCCAAGACAAGCUGGCCGAGUUCCUGCAGGACCCUGACCGCUACUAUGACCCCAACGGCUACAACGCCCACUACCUCCGCAACCUGCUCUUCUUCGACUUGGGCUAUGACAGCAGCCUGGACCCCAGCAGCCCGCAAGUGCAGGAACACAUCCUGGAGGUGGAGCGCCGCUUCCACCUGGUGCUCCUGCAGGAGUACUUUGACGAGUCACUGGUGCUACUCAAGGACCUGCUGUGCUGGGAGCUGGAGGAUGUGCUCUACUUCAAGCUCAAUGCCCGCCGCGCCUCGGCUGUGCCCCGCCUGUCAGGUGAGCUGUACCGGCGUGCCACGGCCUGGAAUGUGCUGGAUGCCCGCCUUUACCGCCACUUCAAUGCCAGCUUCUGGCGAAAGGUGGAAGCGUUUGGGCGGGAGCGCAUGGCCCGCGAGGUGGCUGCCCUGCGACGUGCCAACGAGCGCAUGCGGCGCAUCUGCAUCGAUGGGGGUCACGCUGUGGAUGCUGCCGCCAUCCAGGACUCAGCCAUGCAGCCCUGGCAGCCGCUGGGUGCCAAGUCCAUCCUGGGCUACAACCUCAAGAAGAGCAUUGGGCAGCGGCAUGCACAGCUCUGUCGUCGCAUGCUCACGCCCGAGAUCCAAUACCUGAUGGACCUCGGCGUCAACCUCUGGGUCACCAAGCUCUGGAAGCUCAUUCGAGACUUUCUGCAGUGGUAACAUCCUGCCCGCCCAGUAGCCCGCCCCACCUGCUCACUUGAUGAGGACGGGCUGGGCAGGAACCUGCUGGUCUUCCCCGAUCCCAUCCUGGUGCCACCUCGGUCCCCGAGGUAAGGUGGGGCUGCCGUGGGGAUGCAGCUGACCAGGACUGGGCCCAACGCAUACA